CUACUGCUCUGUCAUUUGCGGCCAUUCUCAAUUUCACAUAAAGCUAAAAUAUUUCUAGUGUUCAAAUACGAAUUAUCAACAAACUUUCAAGUUGUUGUCAUAUUUUACACAUAAAUGUGAUUUUCCACACAUUUUUUCGAAGUGAUUUAUAGUUCAGAAAGUGCAAAUCAAUCAAUACUUGCUGGGAAGACAACAUUUCGGUGAAGUAAAAUGGGGAACAAAAAGAAGCGAGCUACUGAAGCAGCAUUGAACCCAAGCCAUCGUUCUAAUUCACCAUUCGAAUCGACUGGAUCAGAAUUAGCAGUGGUCGAGGCUGACAAUCAGUUGGAUCAUCCAGUUAAGGUUAAAGAGCCUCGCAUCAAGGAAGAGCCGCAAUCAGUCGGUGAUUUGGUCGAUGUUCCAGUUCCCGUUCCGACAAGGACUAACCGUGUUGUUGUACCUUCAUUUGGUGUCGACCAACCGAACGGCAAAUACGACUUUGACAGUCUUGGUUGGGAUGAUGCCAAAAUUGAAGUGAAAGGAGAAACCGAAGUAAAGAAGGAAAAGGAAUCGAAGACGAACGAUGAAUUAGGCGGUGAUGCGAUGGCAAAUCAGCGUGAUCUACAGCAGCCAUCACGACCAGAUGAAAACGUUUUCACGCAGCCAGGAAGUGGCCACGGUGCCAAGAACAAGGAAUCGUGUGACAAAGUUGAUGUUCCGAAAACUGUAUUGAAGAAGCAUAAAUGCGACUUUUGUGAAUAUUCGACCAAUUAUAAAGGUCAUUUGAAUCAGCACUUGUUGAAACACACUGGUGAGAAGCCACACGGAUGCACCCUUUGCCCGAAACGUUUCAAAGAAAAACGAAGUGUCCUUCGUCACAUGAAAAUACACGUCGAAGAGUUUCUGUUCCAUUGCUCAGGCUGCUUGCAAGGAUUCGAUGGAAAGAAGGAGAAGACGGAACACGAAUCGAACUGCAAAAUUUGUCGCUACGAAUGUCAUUUGUGCAAGAAAUCAUUUGGAUCGCAGAAAGCACACCUGGUGAUGCACAUGCGGGUACACAGUGGUGACAAACCGUUCGAAUGUGAAAAAUGCUUCAAGAAAUUUGCACGCAACAGCGCAUUAAAGAACCACAUGAAGUUUCAUGCUGGCCCACGGCCAUUCCGUUGUUCAAAAUGUCACGAGAGAUUCGUACAUCAAGACGAAAGAGAUUUGCAUGAGGAGCAGUGUAAUCGUCGUGUUUACGAAUGCUAUGUUUGUGCGACAUCUCGAUGA